AUGAAAGUUAAUGCUAUUGUUAACCAAUUAAAAAAUAUAAAAACUAAAAAUAAAUCAUUAAAUGGAGUAAGUUAUAUAGAAAAAUAUUUAAGCUUAUUCGUGAGAUGAUUGCAGAUUUAGAGAAACCAGAAGUGAGCAAAGAAAUACUUGAAAUUCACACUAUAAUACUUAUAAACAACACUAAGGAACAGGAUUUAAAGAUUAUUCUUUAAUUUUUGAUCUAAAUAUAGCAUUUAAAUAAGUUAAAUAAUUUAGAUGAGCAUAUUUUAUUGUAAGAAUAUUUAUAUAGAUUGAAAAUAGAUUAAUAGAAAGAAAUUAAAAAUAGAAUAGUUAUCAUGCUUAAAUCAUUUAGUUAUUGCAUACACUAAAGGAAAAUGUGUCUAUAAUGA